AUGGCUACUCCAAGCCUCCCUCGGGCCCUGGGCCUGGGCCUGCUCGCGCUCUGCCUUCUGGCACUCCUCCACAACGCCUGUGCCCGCCCCCGCUCUGGGGAGGGCCUCGUAGGUGGCCGCAGGGACCUGUCUCCCAGCGACCCGCAGGUGCAGAAGGCGGCCCAGGCGGCGGUGGCCAGCUACAACAUGGGCAGCAACAGCCUCUACUACUUCCGGGACACCAACAUCCUCAAGGCGCAGAGCCAGUUGGUGGCCGGCAUCAAGUACUACCUGACUGUUGAGAUGGGGAGCACAGCCUGUCGCAAGAACAUGGCCACCGGAGACGGCGUGGAUAUCGCCACCUGCCCCUUUGCCACAGGAGUGCAGGAGGAGAAGCUGCGCUGUGACUUCGAGAUCCUAGUGGUCCCCUGGCAGAAUUCCUCCCAGCUUCUGAAGCACAACUGCGUGACCAUAUCGUAGACCCCUUGGGGCAUGGGGGCCGGGGCUGGCGGGGCACGGGCGGGAAGGCGCUUCAGGUCCAGCAACGUACCUGUCACAAUAAAUUGCCGGCGCCGCUUCUUGCA